ACUUACAAAUUCUCAUAUAUUGUAUGAAUAUGAAACAGUUAAACGAACCGUUGUAUAAAAAUAAUGGAAUAACUAGAAGUAGAAAGUUUUUGAAACUGAGCGCGUAAUUAUUUGAAAAUGAGGUUUCCGGAAAUUUGUGUUGAAAUGAAAAAAAAAGAACUUAUUAUCGAACUUGAGAAAUUAAGUCAGGAAAAUGAAAGCUUAAAACUUGAAAAUGAAAGAUUAAAAAGGGAAAAACAAGCAGUUGAAGAAGAGUUAAGAGUAUGCAGUGAAGCGCAUGACGAAACCAUGUUUGAACUUGAACAAACCGAAAAUCGACUUACUGAAUGCGAAAGAAAGGAGGGAAUUUUAAAAAGCAAGCUAAUGUUUACUCAACAUAGAUGUGCGUUACUAAACGAUAAAAUAAAAAUUUACGAAAAAGAUAAUGCUCUUUUGAUGUUUCAUUUGAAAACAAAUUUUAACGACAGUUUUGAGAAAAUUUAUGAAAAGAUGAGUGAGAACAAUGAAGAUAAUUUGUAUCUAAAUACAGAGAUCGAAAAACUUAACAAUUCAGAAACAUACGAAUCAUCAUCGCUUUACAAACGCCAACGAAAAACAUGGUCUAAUAUAUGGUGUCCAAUAUCAAUUGCAGCAUUUAAUUGUUCUGACGAUGAUGAAAAAAAAGAAGUUGAUUGUGAAAAUCUUUAUCAAAAAAUUUCAGAUAUUGAAGUUAAAGAACUUUACAGUAAAAAGAAGAAUGAAAAUAAAAAGGCGUUUCUAAGUCAAAGUGACUUAUGUGAAAGUGAAAAUAUAUCAAACAAUUUUCAAGAAAUACCGGACCUUGUAUCUAGUGAACAACAAAAGUACAAAAGAUAUAAAAAACAGGAAAACAAAAACAUUGAACAAAACUGUUUAAAUAACUCUCUAAACCCGAAACACCUUUUUAACGACAUACGAUACAUUGAGGAUGAAUAUAACAAUCAUAUGUGUCAGGAAAAAGAUCGUUUUUUGCAUAUGAACAAACGUUUUUGUAAAAAUAUUGAUCUUAUGCCUGUUUUAAAUGAAAAGAAAUGGUUUGUACCCUAUUGAAAAAGAAGCAUCAGAAAGUGUUGGAACUUUUCAAAAGUGUUUGAACCAUUUAAAAUAAUUAGAACGUAUUCAAUAAAAGCUGUUAGUAAAGUUAAA